GCGGCGCUGGGGCGGCCGAGGCGGCCGAGCUUCGCCAUGGGGCUCCUGGGCGAGGUGACGCGAGGCCUGGUCCGCGGCGCCGACCGCAUGGCGGCCUGGACGAGCAAGCGGGGCCCGAGGACCUUCUUCAAGAGCCGCGGCUGCAAGGUCUUCGGCCACAUCACCGCCAGCCGCAAGUUCCGCCUGGUGCGCGACCAGGUGCCGGUGCUGGUGGUGCCGGACCUGACCGGGUUCAAGCUGAAGCCCUACGUCUCCUACCGGGCGCCCGCGGGCAGCGAGCCGGCCCUCAGCGCCCGCGCCCUCUUCCAGCAGACCGCCGCGCCGCUGAUCGAGAAGGACGUCAAGGACCGCACCUUCGACCCGGCCGCCCUGGAGAAAUACGGCUUCGAGCCCAGCCAGGAGCACAAGCUGUUCCAGCUCUUCCCCAAGAACUUCGUGCGCUAGCAGGCGGCGGGAGGAAGGAAGGAAAAGAGGAGAAACAGCCCGCCCGCACCAGUGGGGACAAAUCGCCCGCCAGGAUUGCGGGUUUAUUGAAGGCUUUCGAACUCAGGAUCUCAAUGAGGAGGGGGAAAAGACCCUCUCUCUCCAAAGAAGACUCUUCCAAUUGAUCAUUUUGGGGGUUUGGGGAGAAUAAAGAGGUUGCAGAUAUUACA